CCGCCUUCCUGUUUCCUUUCCUACUGCUGCCCGGGCCCAGUGGCGGGCUCCUCCCCCUUCGGCCCGCCUUAGUUCGAGUCGGAGGCGCCGAGAAGAGCUUCCAGGCGGAGAUGGCGGCGAAGGCAGGCAAGGGGGGCAAGGCCCGCCCCGGGAAAAGGAAAGAAUGUGAGAAAGAUACUGGUGCCGUGUCAAAGGAGGAUUACUUUGUAGGGCAAGUGGCUAACAGCCUGUUUCAAAACAAACCCACAACUUCUGGUACUCACCCUUUGUUACAACUCUUCAGUGCUCCUGCAGUUGAAACACAGCCUAUAUAUCUUGCUGUUCCAAAAGAAAGCAAAAAACGCAAAUGUGCAGAAGAGGAAAUUGCCACGAAAGUUCAGAGCUCAUCUGCUCUCAGACAGCCUUUGAAAAAAAUGAAGAAAGUAAACAAAAAGGAACUCUCUUUUGCAGAAAAGAACGUGGCAAACAGGGAGUGUGCUUUGGAGCAAGCAGAUGAAGAAGAAGAGAAAAAAGACAUAAAAUCCAAACAAAAGCUGAAAAAUACUCGACCUGUUACCAAGCAUCCCUCAGCUUCAGAUGAUAAUGCUGGAAGAAAACAAUGGAAAACAGGAAUCAACAAGGCUGAGGAGAUGCUCAAAAAUAAGAGGACUGUUUUUGUGGGAAACUUACCUGUUAGUUGUACAGAACAAAUGCUGAAGGCAUUUUUCAGAGAAUAUGGACAAAUUGAAUCGAUUCGUUUCCGUUCCCUGAUUCCAUCAGAGGAUACUCUCUCAAAGAAACUGGCAGCCAUAAAGAGAAAGUUUCAUCCUAAUAGGAAAUAUAUUAAUGCUUACAUCGUUUUCAAGGAGGAACACGCAGCUAAUGAUGCUUUAAAAUGUAAUGGCACUGAAUUUUGCAGUGGAUUCCACAUAAGAGUUGACCUUGCUUCGAAAUCCACUUGUCACGAUAACAAGAGAUCAGUAUUUGUGGGCAAUCUCCCUUAUGCUAUUGAUGAUGAUACUGUAAGAACCCAUUUCUCUCAAUGUGGAAAUGUAAUGGGUGUACGAAUUGUGAGAGAUCAGCGCACAGGCAUUGGCAAAGGAUUUGGCUAUGUUCUAUUUGAGACUACAGAUGCUGUACACCUUGCCCUGAAACUAAACAAUGCUGAACUGGAAGGAAGAAAGCUAAGAGUAAAACGUUGUGUUGAGGGUGAAAAAACACAACAGAAAAGUCCACAUAACAAAGCGAAAAGCCCCAUUGGACUUAAGUAUACAAAGGCAACUUCACUGAAAAAUGUAAAAGGAUACUCUAGUAAUACUUUUGCUGGUGAAAAAGCUGUCCCACUGAAAAAGAGCAAAAAAACCAAACCAAAAAACAUGAAGAAAAAAUUUAAAAAAGCUAAAUGAAACUUGAAGUUUGAAUUAUAUUUUAAAUAAAUUUUAUUUCAUACUUA